AUGUUUUGUCCUCUCAAAAAAUGUGAUGAGCAACUUGUCUCUGCAUUGCCUCAUGUCGUUUUCAGCAGUUCAUCUUCUAUGUCCAGCAGCUAUUCUCCAGGUUAUGCCAAGCUCAAUAAAAGAGGUGGAGCUGGAGGAUGGUCUCCCUCAGACAGUGAUCAUUACCAAUGGCUGCAGGUUGAUUUUGGCAAUAGAAAGCAGAUCAGUGCCAUUGCAACCCAAGGUAGAUAUAGCAGCUCUGAUUGGGUGACCCAGUACCGAAUGCUCUACAGUGAUACAGGAAGGAACUGGAAACCAUAUCAUCAAGAUGGGAAUAUCUGGGCAUUUCCAGGAAAUAUAAACUCUGAUGGUGUAGUCCGCCAUGAUUUGCAACACCCAGUCAUUGCCCGUUAUGUACGCAUAGUGCCCUUAGACUGGAAUGGAGAAGGUCGGAUUGGGCUGAGAAUUGAAGUCUAUGGCUGUUCUUAUUGGGCCGAUGUUAUCAAUUUUGAUGGCCAUGUUGUAUUACCGUACAGAUUCAAGAAUAAGAAGAUGAAGACUCUGAAAGAUGUCAUUGCUUUGAAAUUUAAAACCUCUGAGAGUGAAGGGGUAAUCUUCCAUGGAGAAGGGCAGCAAGGAGAUUAUAUUACCUUGGAACUGAAAAAAGCCAAACUGGUUCUCAACUUAAACCUGGGGAGCAACCAAUUUGGUUCCAUAUAUGGCCAUACAUCUGUGAUGACAGGAAGUUUGCUAGAUGAUCACCACUGGCAUUCUGUUAUCAUUGAACGCCAUGGACGGAACAUCAACCUGACUCUGGAUAGGCAUUUGCAACAUUUUCGGACGAAUGGAGAAUUUGAUUAUCUGGACUUGGAUUAUGAGAUAACCUUUGGAGGUCUGCCUUUUUCUGGGAAGCCAAGUUCCAACAGUAGAAAGAAUUUCAAAGGAUGCAUGGAAAGCAUUAACUACAAUGGAAAUAAUAUCACUGAUCUUGCCAAGAGGAAGAAAUUAGAGCCUUCUAAUGUGGGAAAUUUAAGUUUUUCUUGUGUGGAGCCACAUACAGUUCCUGUGUUCUUCAAUGCCACAAGUUACCUGGAGGUACUUGGCCGCCCCAACCAGGACCUAUUUUCAGUCAGCUUCCAUUUCAGAACAUGGAAUCCCAAUGGCCUUCUUCUCUUCAGCAAUUUUGCAGAUGGUUUAGGGAAUGUGGAGAUUGACCUCACUGAGACCAAAGUUGGUGUCCGUAUCAACAUCACAUUAAACAAAAAGAACCAAAUCGACAUUUCCUCAGGUUCUGGGCUAAAUGAUGGACAAUGGCAUGAAGUUCGUUUCCUAGCCAAGGAAAAUUUUGCUGUUCUAACCAUUGAUGGUGAUGAAGCAUCAGCAGUUCGAACUAACAGUCCUCUUCAAGUUAAAACAGGAGAGAAGUAUUACUUUGGAGGUUUUCUUACACAGAUGAAUACUUCAGAUCAUUCUGUACUACAACCUUCCUUCCAAGGGUGUAUGCAGCUCAUUCAAGUGGAUGAUCAGCUAGUCAAUUUACAUGAAAUAGAACAAAGAAAGCCGGGCAGCUUUGCUAAUGUCAGUAUUGACAUGUGUGCCAUUAUAGACAGAUGUGUGCCCAAUCAUUGUGAGCAUGGUGGUAAAUGCUCCCAAACCUGGGAUAGCUUCAAGUGCACUUGUGAUGGGACAGGAUACAGCGGGGCCACCUGCCAUAACUCUAUCUAUGAACUCUCCUGUGAAGCUUAUAAACACCUGGGCAAAACCUCAAAUUUUUACUGGAUUGAUCCUGAUGGCAGUGGGGCUCUGGGGCCUCUCAAAGUCUACUGCAACAUGACAGAAGAUAAAGUGUGGUCAACUGUAAAUCAUGACUUGCAGAAGCAAACUCCUGUGGUCGGCUAUGGCCCAGAAAAAUACUCAGUGGUACAGCUCAAUUACAGUGCCUCCAUGGAUCAAAUCACGGCCAUCACCAGCAGUGCAGAGUAUUGUGAGCAGUUCGUCUCCUAUUCUUGCAAGAUGUCAAGGCUGUUGAACACCCCAGAUGGAAGCCCUUACACCUGGUGGGUUGGGAAAGCCAAUGAAAAGCAUUACUACUGGGGUGGUUCCGGACCUGGAAUCCAGAAAUGUGCGUGUGGUAUUGAACGAAACUGUACUGAUUCAAGAUAUUACUGUAAUUGUGAUGCUGAUCAUAAGCAGUGGAGAAAGGAUGUUGGCUUAUUAUCCUACAAAGAUCAUUUGCCUGUCAGCCAGGUGGUAGUUGGUGAUAUUGACCGGCCUGGUUCUGAAGCCAAACUGACUGUGGGUCCAGUACGCUGCCAAGGAGACCGGAAUUACUGGAAUGCUGCCUCAUUCUUUACACCAUCAUCCUACCUUUACUUCUCCACUUUCCAAGGGGAAACAAGUGCUGACAUCUCUUUCUACUUCAAAACUUCAGCUGCUGAUGGAGUGUUUCUGGAGAAUCUGGGGAAUACAGAUUUCAUCAAACUUGAGCUGAAAUCUGCCACCGAAGUGUCCUUCUCCUUUGAUGUUGGAAAUGGGCCAGUGGAGAUUGUUGUCAGAUCUCCCUCUCCCCUUAAUGAUGACCAGUGGCACCGGGUCAUUGCUGAGAGAAACGUCAAGCAGGCAAGUCUCCAGGUGGACCAGUUGCCACAACAGGUGCGGAAGGCACCUACAGAAGGUCACACACGCUUAGAGCUUUACAGCCAGCUAUAUGUGGGUGCUGCAGGAGGUCAGAGGGGAUUUCUGGGUUGCAUUCGCUCCCUCAGGAUGAAUGGGGUGACUCUUGAUUUGGAAGAAAGAGCAAAGGUUACUCUGGGAGUGAAACCUGGGUGCUCAGGUCAUUGUACCAGCUAUGGAAUGUACUGUGAGAAUGGAGGCAAAUGUGUGGAGAAGUACAAUGGUUACUCCUGUGAUUGUUCCAAGACUGCCUACGAUGGACCAUUUUGCAUAAAAGAUGUUGGAGCUUUUUUUGAAGAGGGAAUGUGGCUACGGUAUAACUUCCAAGCACCAGGAGCCAAGGAUGCCCCCAGUCGAAGUGGCAGCUCUCCGGAAACUCAGAACUCCAUGCCAGACCUGGCCAAGGAAGAGCUCAGUUUUAGCUUCAGCACCACCAAGGUUCCCUGCAUCCUCCUCUACGUCAGCUCCCAAACCACAGACUUCCUGGCAGUUCUGGUGAAACCCUCUGGAAACUUACAGAUUCGUUACAACUUGGGAGGCACCAGAGAGCCAUAUAAUAUUGAUGUAGACCACCGAAACAUGGCAAAUGGACAGCCUCACAGUGUUAACAUCACCCGUAACGAAAAGGACAUAAUUCUCCAGCUUGAUCAUUACUCUCCAGUGAGUUACAGCCUGCCAAGUUCAUCUGACACACUGUUCAAUUCUCCUAAGGCUCUCUUUCUAGGAAAAGUGAUAGAAACAGGGAAGAUUGACCAAGAAAUACAUAAGUACAACACGCCAGGAUUCACUGGGUGUCUUUCCAGAGUGCAAUUCAACCAAAUUGCUCCUCUCAAGGCAGCCUUGAGACCAACAAACGCCUCUUCUCAAGUCCAUAUUCAAGGGGAACUGGUAGAGUCCAACUGCGGAGCUUCCCCACUGACCAUCCCACCCAUGUCUGCUGCUACUGAUCCUUGGCACUUAGAUUCAGCCAGUGCUGAUUUUCCAUACAAUGCAGGACAAGCCAUAAGAGAUGGAGUUAACAGAAAUUCGGCAAUUAUUGGAGGGGUCAUCGCCGUGGUGAUCUUCACCAUCCUUUGCACCUUAGUGUUCCUCAUCCGCUACAUGUUCCGCCACAAGGGCACCUACCACACCAACGAAGCCAAGGGCGCAGAGUCCGCCGAGAGCGCCGACGCCGCCAUCAUGAACCACGACCCAAACUUCACGGAGACCAUUGAUGAGAGCAAAAAAGAGUGGCUCAUCUGAGGGAGCUAGCGCUUGGCAGCGGGGCGGGAGGGCGGGGAGAGGGCAGGAAAGCAGGGGGACGCAGGGAAGAGGGCACAAGGGGGACCUCCAAGGAAGGGGAAAGCACUCUGCUUCGGACUCUUGAGCACAUCUUUAAAAGAUCAGCACAACGCGGAGAAGCAAGGGACAGACAAAAUCCUUGGGACUGGAGAACAAAAAGGUGUUAAAAAUGAGAACUUUUUAAUAUUCAUUCACAGCUCUGUCUCUCCUUCUAUAUCCAAACAAAUAAUGAGAAGAAAAUGCUUUUAGAGUUUCCACAUUGGUUAAAAUCCGUCAGUAAUACCUGUCUUUUUUUGUGUGUGUUUAGAGGUGUUCUAAAUACUUAUGACAACAGGGCCCGUUUUCUACAUUUUUAGGAGCCCUUAGAAUUUGGAUAUUUCUGUCUUGAGAACAACUGACAAAUAUAUAUAUAUAUGGCCUCCAAUGAUUCUUUUUUUCCACAUAUAGUUAAUUCUGAAUGGGUUAUUGUUGUAUCUAGAGCUUGUUUACAUCACAUUUCACUUGGCGUCUUGUAAAUUGGGAGUUGGGAGAAGAAAGGGGCAUAGGGAAACAACCCACUCUUUUUGCCAAUGUCCACAGGGCCACUGACCUGUGCGACCACAUUGAGGGCUCUCAUGUGACCCAGGCUGUUGAAGGACAAGACUGUACAAUACUUAGCAGUGAUGUAAAACCACAUCAUCAUUGUUACCUCGGUUGGGGGGAAGGGAAUAUUCUGAAUUAUGGAAAGUUACUUUGAUUUUUUCAUGAAGCUCUGAGAAAUAAUAUUGUUCCGAGUACAUAGUCUUAGCUCUGUUCUGUUUCUCUCUCUUUGGCUAUGGGAUUUAUCCUCCACUCUUCCUGUGAUACAUUGGCAUAUUCUGUAUGUAGACAUAUAGGGAAUUAAGAGCCAAAUGCUAUGGUUUGUUUGCUUCUAUUUCUUUUAUAGACAGUAGUAAAAGUAGCAAUCCUGUCGUGCUGCCUAGUGAAUGCAUAGAGUAGGUCGCUGUCCUUAACAAGCCCUUCCUCUUUCAAAGUCUCCAGUUUCAUUCUCCUUCCAACAUAUACCUGCCCAGAGGGGUGUGCCCUUCCAGGACUAUGCUAUGAGGGCGAGCCAAUCAUUGAAGUGAAUUUAAGCACAUCUUAAAAAAUUCUUUGUUUCCGAAGUAUGACCCAAAAGAUGGCCAACUUAACUCGGAAGGAAAAUGUGGUAAGUGUUUGGGAUUAAAACAAUGUCUAUGAAAAUUCACUGCAAUGAUUGACUCACUUCUAUACAUAAUCGAUUGGAAAACACCAUCUUCUUUUUAAAGUCAUUGAAAUAAUCUUCUGGCCAAAGCAAAUACACUGCCCAGUAGGUAAUUAAGGAAUUACGCAGGCUCAAUUACAAUUGAACCUUGCAUUUGUCACAAACGCAACAGCUGGGAGUUCCCAUCCAUAGACUCAAUGGAUAAUGAUUUGCAAUAAGGGAUCAAAACUAAAUGAUGGCAAAAGAUGUGAUUGUCUAGAGCUAGUUACUUUCUGCCUAAUAAAAUUUACCCUUCAUAUUUUGCACAUUUUGACUUGAGACAUUCCAAAAAGCAGACUCAUUUAUUUGUAAAGGUUGACAUAAAGGUUAUUUCCAGAAUCACAUUGCAACAUCUAGGAUCAUUCUGACAUAACUUCUCCCACACAUCCUCUGCUAAUGACAUACACUUCAAAUGGGAACCACUUAAAACUGUUCACUGUUUUGUUCUCCUUUCUAAAAGGGAAUGUUAAUAGAAAAAUAAAGAUAUUGAUGUUCUGUUGGAUACUACUCCAAAAACUGCAUAGUGAUAUGAAUUUGGAAAUGGUUCCAUUACAACUUUUUCAGGAUAUUUGGGAUACUUGUGAAUCCUAAGAUGAUUAUGACUUCUUCUUGGGUGGUUAGAUUCAUUUUAUCCAGAGAUGAUGAUCUGAGGUAAAAGAACAUAUGUGCGGUGUACUAAAUAUUGCAUUUCAAGUGAUUAAGUAUUGGAAUGUAACUACUUAAAGUCUAUAUAGACUUUAAAUUUGAGGAAACAUUGAAAGAUUUUUUAAAGGAGUAUUUCUAUAUUUUUAAAGGGAUUAUUUCUAUUUCAAGUUGCUCCCUAAGGUAUUAUCAAGUCAGUUAACUAAGAUUUCACAUUACUCACAUAAGAAUCAUUUAAGUACAAUUCAACAAGGAUGAUUAUUUUUCAAUACUCUUAUCAAAAGAAUCCAACAGUUAACAUCAAUGUACUCUUUAAAAAUAUGCCUACCUACCAUGUUGAGAUCCGUUAAAUCAGGAAAAACUAAUUUUUAAAAGAGGCUUAAAUUUUCCAGGUAUUUUAAAAUUUGACCUAUUUUUAAAUUUGUUUUGCUGAUAACAAAUAUUGUUAGGAUAAGCCCCAUGUAAAAAAUAUUUUUAGCAUCUCUUUACUUCUAUUCAUCAUACAUCUUUCACCUAAUUCUCUGCUUCAUUAGACUUCUCUCUGAGAAGAUUUGGUCAUAGAAAGACCCAAAUCAACAUUUUGAAUAUCAAAAUGAUUUUCCCAUUUCCUUUGACCUCUCCAUAUUUCCUCUUGAUAUCAGCAGGCAGAAAAUAAAAAAUGUAUCAAUAUCACCAGGUAUUUUGACCCUCAGAAUUGUCAUGAAUCUUAUGUGAACAGAAACAGCCUAAUUAAAUCAUAUUUAUCAAGUAACUGUUCCACAAAGGAGAUACAAAGGCAUUCAAAACACAAUUCUUGAAAAUUUUAUAAUCUAGUUGGGGAUCUGGGAUAUCCCUGGAUGAAGAAGGUGAGCAACCACACAAAGUUAAUAUGGUAGGUAAAUAUUAAAUGAAUGGUUUAAAAAAAUCUUUGGUUUCUCAGAGUUAUAGAUUGAGAAGUCCCAAAUCUUUUUUAAAGGCCAUUGUCAAUAAAUUUCCCAUUAACAAUAUGUUGAUUUGGAGGGGAAAGGAGAUGGAAUUCCCUAUCCCCCAUGUAUCCUUGAAGAACAAUUUUAGUACUUAAUCUCACUUGACCACUUUAUAACCAACAGAACUCAAUUGUAUAUGAAAGGUCCCUGAUGACAAAAUCAAAUUGUAUUUUUUUUAUCAUUUACCUAAAAAUACUCUUUGGGAGAUAAGCUAUUUAAAAGAUUUCAAAAAUGGGGGAAAGCAUUUUUUUGGCUAAUCAGGAGAGUGGGAGAGGAGGAUUUAUUAUGUAUAACUUGAGAAUGUAGGUUUUUAAGAGCUUUAGUUUGUGCAUAUAAAGCGGUGCUAUUCUAAGGCUAUACCUAUAAAAAGCACAUCCCCUUAACCCAGACACAAUACAGGUCAACAAGUUGGAACAGAUUUUAUUACAUUCAAUCGAAACUCAUGAUAAUAUUCAAUUCAACAUUUAUUAAGUGUCUCAUUAAGUACAAAGCAACCAUAAAGGAACUUAAAACCUUCAUCUGACACUUCCUCCAGUCAUGUAAGUCACCUUGUGCUCUUAAAAACCAUUCCAGGUGAGUUCAAACUCUGUCAGGUCCAACCAAACUUGAAAGACUCAGACCACAAACCUGAUGGUUCUUCUGAUGGUUGGUCUAGUUAAAUACAGUGUGACUCAUCACCAGAAGAGUGUUCCUACCACAACAGCUCAUGAAACCCCCUACAAAGUCCAGGAAGGGCUUUGGGGAAUAACUUAAUGAUGAAAUUACACACCUUUCAAAGUAUGUGCAAAGGGAGGAUGCAAGGUAUUAUGGAAGGAGUUUUAGAGGCAGAGGACUUGAGUUUACAUCCUGUUCAGAUUUACUUUCAAAUAUUCAAUCUACUUAGUCCUCAGUUUCUUCCUCUAUAAAAUUAGUUUAGGAUAGAUAGUCUGUAAAAUCUCUUCCAGUUUUGAUCUGUAAUCCCAUGUUUAUGGGACUGCAUUUUUAUUGUUGCCUUGCAUGCAUUCACGUUAAUUCAUCAAUUGCUCAAACAACAAAAAAGACACUUAGAAAUCAAAGGCUUACUUCAUAGGAAAAUUUGCCCCAAAUUGUCCUUCCACUAACAAGGGCUACAAUCAAUACCAUCAUCAUCAUCAUCAUGCUUACUUUGCUGGGAACCUCUCCAUAAGCAUAUGAUGUACAUACACGCAAGAAGAAGAAGCUCUAACCAUUCAAGCAUUAGUCAAACAGUAAGCCCUUGGGAGUUAACACCUGUUGAGCAUCAACUGUCUGUACACACAACACUCAAUGGAGCCCAUAUUUGUCCCUUGCUCUAGUUACUCUAGGUCACCAGAUGAGGCAAAACAAUAUCAGAAGGGGCGGCAAGUAACUCAGGGGAAAGAUAACAGGGUACCAAAAUACAAACUUGCAGUAGAUCACCAAAAAAGAAGGGAUAUAAUUUCCUUUGUCUCAUCUGUUCCAUUCUCAUCCCACCGAUUUUUUUUCUCCUCCUCCCAAAAUUGGAACUCACUCAACAUGCCUAAAUUCAAAUGAUCAAGUUAAGCCCUGUUAGCCCCACAAGAUUUGGAUUCAGAUUGGAUUCAUUUCUAAUUGUCCUUCUUCAGUGACUAAACAUUUUCCCAAAUAAAUGCAAUAAUUUGGAAAUUUAAAUUAGUAUUCUUGGUAAGUAGGUUGCAAGUAUGCUAGCAACCAGGAAGUCUACACCAGAUAAAAGUAAAUUACCCAGCUGGAACCUCAUCCUAACCCUUAAAAGCCUUUCCAUGGAAUGUGGAAAAACAAACUAGAAGGAUACGAUAUAUAGCCCAUGACCAGGGAUGCCAGAUCACUUGAGCAUCAUUUUCAGUAUUGAAAGCAGCUUCCAUGGCCCUGUCAGAGGAAGACAGAGAGCCAGAAUCUGAGCUUCUUCUGUCACCAAUCUGCUGUCUUCAUUCCCAAUAUUUUAGCUAGAGCAGAUUUUACCUACCUCCCAGGGGAAUUGCGAGGUAUCCUUGCAUCUUGCCUACAAGGCUUUUAUAAAAUUUUAGUCACAGUGCAGGGUGAAGGCCAAAUGGGAUGGGCCAAGAGGCAAGUAAUGGGACAGGGUGAAGCAUCUGUUGAAUAUUGAAUCCAGUAAAGAGAACAGGAGCAAAGCUGAAAUCUGCCAAGAUGUCUUCCCAUGUGAGUCUGAGAAAUUAAAUCUUUUGUGAGAUGAAUAAGCCCCUGAACUGAAAACCCAAGCUAGGAUUGCUGUUGCUUAUGUCCCCUAAUCCCUCCAAUGUCCCUCAUUUGAUAUUUGGCUGUACUGACACGCAAUCUUUCCGAAGAAUCUGUAUGAAAUAAUGCAACAUUUUAACUUUGCUUGGAACCUCUCUGACAUGCAGGAUUAUUUCCAAGCACACUGCUUUCACACUUGCAGCUGUCUAAGAUGUAUGAAAUUUCAAAACUUUUUUGCCAAACAAGCCUGAGAAAAGGGUGCUGACCAUUACUCCUAUUUGUCACAGACUGCCAAAGAAUGAGAUGUUUCCAGUUUGACAUUUAGGUAAAAGUUCCCCUAAGCAAGAAUCCACUCAGCUCAUCUCCAUCUCAAAACUGACCAAUCUGUUAAUAUCUGCACAAUAGCCAGAAUCUAGGUCUGGGAAAAAGGGUUCUCUUGUCUUGAUUCUACCAAGGUUUCAGCUCAAACCAUCACCAUUCCCACGUUCCAUUUGGUUAGGAAGAGUUUAUUUUUUGUUCUUUUGUAAUGAGCAUGGUGACAGCAGAGGUUACAAUUUUGAAAAGAUGAACUAAAUUCCAGUUCUGGAAAAAAAAAAGGCAGGCAGGCAAUUGGGAGGGGGGUUCCAUUCUAGUGAAAUAGCACACAAUUGCACCCUCUAAAAGCAACAGCAUGUAAACUAGAAGGAAAGAAGGACAUUAUGUAUGUUAUAUUAUGCCUGAUAUUCUUUGUGAAUGUCUUUCAUUUUAACUAAGAUUCUACUAGAAACCAGAUUGAUAAAUAAAAAAUUCAAAAUAGUUUUAAUUAUCCUAA